ACAUGUUUAAUUUAUAUUUUUGUCAACAUACAUAGUUCUUCAAAUACCACUAAAAUACCUUUAAAGAGCUGUCAUGACUAGAUGUACCAUCAUAUCUCACCCCAAAUAAUAGCCUAAAUGUUUCGGAGUUUCUUCCUUCCACCACAACAGCAAGUCUUCAAAUUCAGAAAGCAACAGCAACAACGUUGCAGUGCCAUGAUUUAUUUUCUCUCGUUUCGAAACGGACUGCAUUUUAUGACGGACCACAACAACCAAUGAAUGUAUUUGUAGCAGGGAAAGCGACACUGCAUCUGACUAAAGUUGUACUGUUGCGAAACAAGACGAGUAAAAUAUAAAUUGUAUUAAAAAAAACUCUGACUUUGAACAGCAGACAUGUGAGUUUCCUAAGAUACUCUGUACUGUUUGAUCAAAUAAAAUCUAAAUGUAUUUACGCGGACAUUUUUACCAAAGUCAAUCAUGUAUCUAUUUAUCUGAAACCCCCGGUAAAAAAAAUUGAGUUGCUUUGCUUUCCUACGAGUGUCGUCCACAUGAUCCUGCCUUUUAUUCCCAUCGUCUGACAGAAGAUAGCUUUGUCUUUCUUCUUCCAGUUUUCACACUCAACAACUGUAGUUUAGACAUUUUUGUGAUCUAACUGCGCAACAAUCCAAAGCAAUAAGGUUAAUAUUGUAGUCUAUCAAAGUAAUCACAACUAUUUUACCAAAUUUAACUUGGGCUAUGUGUAACUUCUUUGCUUAAAAUAGUUAACUUUUUAUACUUCUUCCACUACUAAAAUACGUUUAGAGCUAAAGCAACCCCCACAACUUUACUUAAUGUUAAGUUACCAAUGUAUUUUUUUUUCAUUUACAAUAUUCUAAUUUGUAAAAACAAAUAACGAAAUGUUGUUAGCUAGGAAUCCCAUUGGCUAUUUAUCCAUUAUAUUUACAUAAUUGUUUUGUGCUUUCUCAGUGCGGUGCUUCAGUUCGUUUUGAGACUACUAACCCUUAGCCUACUCUGUUAUUUACUUAUUUUUAACUGAAGAAAUAUAUUUAUUACCUUUAAAUUCAGGUUGUUUGCUGAUUCUGUAUUUUUGUAUUUUAACUUAAUAGUGAACUUUUUUUUGGAGGACAAGGAAGGCGGAUUUUCAAAACAUUAGACUCAUUUUAGCAGCACCUACAACAUGAUAGAGCAGCUGGUGGCAAAGUUCAAAGGUACAACUAACAAGUCGUGUGUGUGUAACCAAUUUUUAUUUUAAAAACCAACCUUUAUUUUGAAAAAGAAUCCAGGAAGUUGCCUUAGUUUUGUUUCCGGAAUGAAUUUCUGUGUGUAGUGUACCGUCUAUAUUGUGAACUUUCAGUUCUCAAAACGUUGACUGAAUACUGCAAUUUACUAUAACAUAAUUGUGUAACAUUUACAUAGUUCCAAGGACAUGUGCGAUAGCGUCGCCUUUCAUGCUCAGCUAGCUUCAAUAAUUGAGGUUUUGGCGAAUGCAGCCGUUACCGAAAUCUGCAAACUUGUAGAUGACGGCCAUGCUGCUUUACGUUUGGAAAUUUCACAUAGUCAGAAAGAAAUCGAUAACCUGCGGAGGAAGCUGCUUUUGACAAAAUACCAGAAUUCUCAACGGAGCACAGAGAAAUUCGGAGCCCUGCGACGCACAGUUCACAGGCGCGACACAGAUCUUGUUGCCCGAGCAAGAGAGAGCUUCGUUGGAAAGUCAACAGGCAGGCAUGAAUAUUUGGAGAAUCGUUUUUCCUACAGUGAAGGGGACAACUUUACAAAGGAUGUCACGAACUGGAAAGACUCAAGACGCACAGCGACAGACCAGGAUGGAUGCAUGCAGAUGGCAGAUAUGCAAGAGUCACCUCUUAUCAAAAUGGAGAACCUUGGCACCAGCAGAACAGAAGAGAUUGUCCAACUGGUCAGUGAGAAGGUCAUGGAGGGUGAACCAGGUUAUUCGUCAUCUACUGAAACCACAGACCUUCUGGACCAGCAGGGCAACAGACACAGAGCUCCAGACACCUCACUCAAUAUAGAACCUGAAAACCAGACGUUCCAGCAUCCAGCAUCACAAUACAACAGAGCAACACAGGACCAUCAGGUUGCUGAGGGUGUGACCUGGGAAACUGACCAUCAACCCAUAUCAUACAGCCUGUCUCAAUGGACAGAGAACCAAGAGACUGACAACCAAACUGUGAAUGCUCCUCACAAUGCAGGGCCAGACUCCAAGAGGCUGUCUGGACAUCCAGAGAGGAGAGGGGUGUCUGGUAACUCUGGGGUCUGCAUGUCUGCUUUGGGCUCUCUGGACUGGGUGUCUGAUGUGGUGAUGGUGGACUCAGUUCCCAUUAAAGUGGAGGCAGAUAUGAGUUCAGAAUGGAGCAUAACUGGCCAAGAGGUGACAUCUGGAGAUGUCUGUUCAGACGGCAGGCAGCUUGUGGACAACAGAAGAAGAGGGGGAAUGGAAUCUGGACAGACAAAGUGUCCCACUGACACUCAACAUGCAGAGCAAGGGACAACUGUAGGAUCAAUGUCCAAGAUGCCAGAUUUCAAUGGACUGUCCAACCGAAACAGCUUUUCAUCCCCAAGGGUUACUCUCCACCAGGUUCCCCAAAAAGGGAAGCAAGCUCCCUUCCUGAAUUUCAACAGAGGCACCAAUUUUUCAUCGAAAGGCAUAGAAAAGCAGCCGCACCAGCUAACAUCUCACUCGCCCAAGAGGCAGCUCCGGUGCAGCCUCUGUGGAAAGCUCUUCCCUCAGCCGGCGCAACUGCGGAGUCAUAUGCGGGUCCAUACGGGGGAGAAACCGUACAGCUGCAGCCACUGCACCAAGCGCUUCUCCCACAGGCACCAGCUGAAGAUGCAUGAGAGGGUGCACACCGGAGAGAAACCAUUUAACUGUGUCUACUGCGGGAAGUGCUUCACCCAGUCCAGUCACAUGAAGAGGCACCUCCUCGUCCACACUGGUGGCAGGCCACAGGACAUUGUGCUGCCCUAAGUGUCCCCUUGGUACAGAUCUAGGAUCAGCUUUCUCUUCUCCAAUCCUAACCUUAACCAUUAGUAGGAAAACAUCUAAAACUGACCCAAGAUCAGUGUGUAGGGGCAACUUCACACUACUCCGCCUGGUGUAAUUAUAGGCAAGGCCAGGAGUUUUUUCUCACUGCGUGACCAGACCAGGGAAAAACUCCUGGCCCUAGUUGUAAGGGGAAUGGCUCAACACAACUGUGGUUUUCAUAUGAACACUGGGUCCUUGUUUUUAACAGUUUGGAUAGUUACCACAUUGAACACUACCCUCUGUGUGUAGUGGUAGUGUUUUCAGUUCAGCUGGCUUGAUGCUUCAUCCAGAGUGGACUGUUAAUGUAUAAGUUAUUACAGGUGAAGAUUUUAAACAUCCUUAUGAAUUUGUAUUGGUGCAGUGGUGAACCAAAGAACAGCAAUUACGAAUGCAGGAAGCUUUGGACAGGUGCCUGGGUGAGCUAGGCCUGUAGGUGGUCGAGAGCGCUGCUCGGCUCGUCUCGUACCUGGACAUAGGGAGGAGGAGGGUGCAGGGAAGAGCGUGACGAUGACUGUCACUUUCUGGACAUCGACAUGGCAGAAUAGCAAAUCCAUAGGUUCCCUGGGUGCCAGCGCACUCCUGGCCCUUGAAACAGAUCUGGCGACCCAGCAGGUGCAAGGCGAGAGUGCUGACCUGGAAUGGUAGGCUGUCAAUGGUUGGCUUUAGAGGUUUUAUUAUGAAUCCCCAGAGGUACUAUGGUCUGAGGAAACAUAAUCUCUUGGAGCUUCCUCUGGAGUCGCUGGUGUGGAUCUUCUGGGAUAUGUUGCGUGUGGACGUGAAGAGAGGAACCUGUCUCUGGUCACAGCGGAACCUUCCGUACCAUCCUGAGAAAGCUGUCAUCAAGGCAGAGUGGCUACUUUGAAGAAUAUAAAAUAUUUUCAUUUGUUUAACACUUUUUUUUAGUUACUACAUGAUUCCAUAUGUCAAUUCAUAGUUUGCGUCUUCACUAUUAUUCUACAAUGUAGAAAAUAGUAAAAAUAAAGAAAAACCCUUGAAUGAGUAGGUGUGUCCAAACUUUUGACUGGUACUGUAUAUACUUUUUAAAACUAUAACCAAUAAAAUGUUUCAUAAAUUAA